CGGGCUCAGGUGGCGCCGACGCCUGUAGCUUUCUGCCCGCGUAAACACAGCCCCAGUGUAAAGAAACUCCUCUCCCUGUGGGCCCGAAGCCGUAGCGUCGCUUUCAGGCGGGAAAGGUAUGAACAGAGUAGUGCUCGCUUAGGAUCCUGCGGGGUGUAAAACAGUUUGGGAAAUCUGAGAAGUCGCUCAAGUAUUUUUCUCUAGUAAAUGCUCGUGGAUUGAGUAUCGCGUAGAUAAUCGGAAUGUAAUUUUGUUGUAAAAAUGAUCAUGUUAGAAAUAAGUGGAAGGUGGCAACCUGUUGACAGUGAUACCUGUCAAGUAUCAUCCGAUGGACUUGGGUUGCUCAGGGUAGGAAUUUGAUCUGCAGUUUUGCAUGCUUGCAUGUACCUUGUUACUGCAUGCAUGGCAGUCCAGUCUAGUGCUGGUGAAUGCGAGGCUAACCACUGGGCCAGAACUCUCUUGUUUUUUGGCGGUGGAAUGGACUCUUAGUCACUGGGCAAUGGGGCAACCCUUUUGCAGGCCUUGCUCACCAAACGGAAUGAAAUGGCCAGUCGGUGGUGGUGUCUGUGAGUACAGGAUGUGAGGCCCCUUGGAGGAUGACAAAAGGAAUGGAUGAGGUCAUACUGCUGCUGGGUUGGUUGGGAAGAUGCAGCAGGAAAGGCUUGACCUAAAGGCAGCAGCCAUAGCACUGGACUAUCACAGCCCGUUCCUCCAUGCCAGCCCAGCAGGUGGACUCCAACGAAGGGCACUGUUCAAGCAUGUGGGUUUUAUCUCUGUGUCAGAGAUCUAGGGGAGCCUGCUAUGAGUCUGCUGCUGGCUUACCAUCUACUUGGCAAGCAAGGUUUGCCUCCCUGUGUUCAGUCAGCUGAAACAGUAGUGAGGCCAAUGAGCCUUUUAUGACCAGGCACUGUGUGGGGGCAGUUCUCAAGGGUUGUAUUAUAAUCUGUGACCUUGGGGAUAGGAAAUAUCUGACUGAUUUGCCUGGUUAUGGUCUCUCUUGUAGCAGUUGUGGUCUCUUGUAGCAGCCUACUCCUGUUUAGCAGUCUCAUCUAGCCUCCUCCCCUGGCUUUGUGCGCUCUCUUUGACAUCUCCCAUCUCCAUCCCUGGCCUCCCAUCUGAGCUGCAGCCUCACCUUUCUAGCUGUCUUCCACAUUUCCAUGUGUUCCUUUGAUGCCAAAUAGCCAUGACCAAAUCUAAACCCCAGUCUUUGCGCACCCCAAAAUAUUCAUGUUGCCUUCACUACCUCAAUGUAUGCAGCUGUCCUUGAGUUUGGAGCCACCUGUAUUCCUCUCUUAGUUCUCCAUGCAACUCCCAGAACCAUUUUCACCAUCUUAAUAUGCUGGCCCCAGCCUUCUGGUGAGCCACUCAAUUCUUUGCUCUCCCUGUUUCCCUUCUCCCUAGCCCCCAUCUAUAGUUUUCUGAAUACAGAGUGGCUUUUUAAAUUGCAAGUGUAAAAUUGAAGCAGUACAGACAGGAACCAGCUUGCCUGGGUGGUAAAGCAGCUCUACCACUUUCUAGGUGUGGGACCUUGUGCAAGUUGCUUAACCUUUCUCUCACAGUGCUGUGCGAGAUCUGUUGCGUGAAAAUGUAUAAAGUGCUUAGAACAGGGUCCAGCAGCCCAUCUUUCUCAAGAUAAGAGCCAGAAUCCAAGUCUUGCUUGCCCUUACAGACUUUCUCCUCUCAUUCCCCCUGGGCAUGCUGUUCUCACCUGCCAUACCACACUCCUACCCUAGGGCCUUUGCUCUUCCCUGCGUCACCUGGAAUGUCCCCUUACACCUUCACUACCCACCUGGCUCACUCUUCCUUUCCUUCAGAUGAAUGCUGGCUAUGAGGCCUUUGCUGUUCACCCUUUCUGAAGUUACCUUCCCUUCCCCAACUCUUUACUUCAUUUUCUUUUGAGCACUUUUUAGUUUUUCUUAGUUGUUAAUUUGGCCAUCUCUCCUGCUAAAAUGUGACCUCUGUGAGGCAGAGAUUUUGUCUGUCUUGUGUCCUCAGCAUCUAGGAUGGUGUGUAUGCAUCACAUGGAAGGUGUUCAUCAAACACUUGUUGAAUGAGUAGAGAAAGCUUGCAGAGGGAAAGCAAGGAAUUUGCCCAGGACUGCCCCACUGUUGGUCUCUGUGCCUUGAGCUGCUGCCCUUUGGGGCUAGGUAGGUUUUCCAAGGAGUGCACGCUCUCUCUCUCUACAGCUCUCUGAUCCCACCCUGUACAUCUCUUCAAGACUUGCCUUUAUCAGUAUUGUCAUUUUCAUCUUUGCCUUGUGUUUGUACAUGGCUGCUUCUUAGUCUUUUAAAAUGGUAGCAGAUGUUCCCUGUCCUGUAUUGCCGUUUGUCUUCAAACCAUCCAUCUUCUCAUGUCUUCAUUUUAGCUUUCUUCAGUUCCCAGAAUCACUAAUUGGCUCUCACUGGAGUCUGUGCAGACCUACCAGGUACUGAGGGGUUUGAUCCUGGUCUGAUCUAUAGCAGUGUGCAUGCUGACUUACUUGUCCUCUUAAAUGAUCUUUUUUUGGUUGUCAGGAGACUGGCCUUACUCCACUGGGUGUUCCCAGUGCCUGCCUGGCUGCAGCCUCCUUAGCAUUUACUGCAGUUCAUAUAGUCUGUCAUCUGUGUUGCAUUUCCUUCAUCCUUAGCACCUUUCCUUGACACAUUUCUGGGGGAGGUAUUGUGUUAAGUUCCCAUUGAAAUCAGAACAGUAAGGAAAUCUUAAAAUCCAAGAAGUGUAGUGACAGCUCAGUGGUCAUUACCCUUCCAACUGUCGCCAGGUGGCAGAGACUUUGUCUCUUGUUCAUGAGAGUGCCUUUCCUUGGAGUAGACGAGAUGUGUUGAAUGAAUUGAUUAAAUCUAAACAAGUUUCUGGUUUUUAUGUUGUGUCGCCUUCAAAAUACAACCUCCAUGCUCUAUUCCUUUGCUGUAAACUUCUUAAAUACAUAAUGUUUGCUGACUCCGGUCCAUGCAACCAGUCAGGCCUCCCCGUGUGCAUAUAUGGGCAUGCAUGGGCGUAUCUGCACCUGUAUGCAUGGCAUAUUCAUCUGUGUAUGUGUGCCUACAUGUGCUUCUCCUGCUCUAAUGCUCAGCCCUCCUGCAGACCUCUGGGUUUUUGGAUUGCCCCUCUGAGCUGCCUUCUCAGCCUCAUGCCAGCCCUCUUGUUGUGCUUCCUCUGGAGUGAAGCUUCUCAGAGUUGCAUCCUCAAACCUUUUUGGUCUGUGUUCCGAACCUCUGCGCAGCCUCCCUUCUGUGGUUUUGGCAGCUAUCACCUUGCUAAUGAGUUCUGGCCCUUUGUCUCUGGACCAGUCACAGCUCUAGAGCUGUGGCCUCAGCACCUGUCAGAUAGGUCUACCUGGAGGCUCCAUCUAUUCUCUACGGGCUCCUGCCUGAGUGCUGGAACAGGUGUGUCUCUCCAGGGAAAGCCUCAUUCGCCUUCAGUUUCCUCUUGUCUGUGCUUUCCACCUCUCCUUGGUCAGCAGAGCAGUCAGUUCUGUCUUCACUGUUCUUGAGAGCUCCCGCCCUCUCACUAGGGCUUCUUUUACACCUUGACCCUCUGGCCUAGAGGACUCUUCCUGUGCCUUGGGCACAAGGACUGUGCCUGGCACAGCAGUUAGUCUCCUUUCUCAAUUUGGGACUGAACUGUGGCAUUAGAGUCACCUCACCUCAGUGACUCUUCAUUGCUCCCAGGAUGGAGCCAGGCUCCAGAUGGCACUCAGGACUCCCUGUGCCUUGGCUCCAGCUGUCUCCUGCAGCUCCCCUACCAACCCCAGCCUGGCUCCCUUCCCCACAGCCACCAUCCCCUCUUCUACUGGGAACAGAACCAUGCCACCUCUGGCGACUUCAGCACGCUGCAUCACUGUCCUGGUCCACGUGCCACCUUGUGGGCCCAGGAGAGCCCUGGGGUUCCAGGGUAGCACAGCGCCCGGCCGUACCUCUGAGGCCCUAGUGCUGCAGAGUUGAGCUGAGGGUCUCGCACUCACCCUCUGACUGACCCAGCCCUGGCAGGUGGAAGAAGCAAGGUGCCACUUUGGCAUGAAGACAGACUCGCUUAGUCGUCAGUCAUUUAAGCUGAGUGCAUUGUGAUUUCCAAUAAUUGAGGCAGUGGUUCUAAAAGCUGUCUACAUUAAUGAAAAGAGCAAUGUGGCCAGCUUGACUAAGCCGCCAGCGUGUGCAGCGCGGGCAGGACGGCAUCCGGGUCUCGACGGACUUGUGCAUGUUAGCUGUAUAGAUUUAUAUAAGGUUUUUUAAAACUGGUCUUUUAAAUAGUCUUAAUCACUUUUACUAUGGAGACAUAUGAGAGUCCCUCUCCUCUCCCGCGUGAGCCCGCAGGAGAAGCAGUGAUGGAGAAACGUGCUUGCUCCUUCCAAGCGCUGCCCCAUGAACAGUCUCCACCACCUCCCCUGCAAACGUCCAGUGAUGCAGAGGUAAUGGACGUUGGCUCUGGUGGUGAUGGACAGGCCGAACCCCCUGCUGAGGACCCAUUCAACUUCUACGGAGCUUCUCUUCUCUCCAAAGGAUCCUUCUCUAAGGCCCGCCUCCUCAUAGACCCGAACUGUAGUGGCCACAGCCCGCGCACCGCCCGGCACGCACCUGCGGUCCGGAAGUUCUCCCCUGACCUUAAGUUGCUUAAGGAUGUAAAGAUUAGCGUGAGCUUUACCGAGAGCUGCAGGAGUAAGGACAGGAAGGUGCUGUACACAGGAGUGGAGCGCGACACUCGUGUGGAGUGUGGUCUGGCCCUUAGCCCUGUCAGUGGAGACGUGCAUGCUUGUCCCUUUGGCGGGAGUGUUGGUAAUGGGUUAGGUAUAGGGGGUGAGAGUGCUGAUAAGAAGGAUGAGGAGAAUGAGCUGGAUCAGGAAAAGAGAGUGGAGUAUGCAGUGCUCGAUGAGUUAGAAGAUUUUACUGACAAUUUGGAGCUAGAUGAAGAAGGAGCAGGCGGGUUCACGGCUAAAGCAAUCGUGCAAAGAGACAGAGUGGAUGAAGAGGCCCUGAAUUUCUCCUAUGAGGACGAUUUUGACAACGAUGUCGAUGCUCUGCUGGAAGAGGGCCUUUGUGCUCCCAAAAAAAGAAGAGUGGAGGAGAAAUAUGGAGGAGACAGCGACCAUCCGUCUGAUGGAGAGACAAGUGUGCAGCCAAUGAUGACCAAGAUUAAAACAGUACUCAAAAGUCGUGGCCGCCCACCUACAGAACCAUUGCCUGAUGGGUGGAUCAUGACAUUCCAUAACUCCGGAGUCCCCGUGUACCUACACAGAGAGUCUCGGGUGGUCACCUGGUCCAGGCCAUACUUCUUGGGAACGGGAAGCAUACGGAAACAUGACCCUCCUCUGAGUAGCAUCCCCUGUCUGCAUUACAAGAAAAUGAAGGACAAUGAGGAAAGGGAGCAAAACAGUGAACUCGCCCCUGGUGGAGAAGUGUCACCUGUCAAGCCCCUCAGCCGAUCUGCAGAGCUGGAGUUCCCUAUGGAAGAGCCUGACUCCAUGGGGGCCGACUUGGGGCCCCCAGAUGAGAAGGACCCACUGGGGGCUGAGGCUGCCCCUGGGGCCCUGGGGCAGGUGAAGGCCAAAGUCGAAGUUUGCAAAGAUGAAUCAGUUGAUCUGGAGGAAUUUCGGAACUACCUGGAGAAGCGUUUUGAUUUUGAGCAAGUUACUGUGAAGAAAUUUAGGACUUGGGCUGAGCGGCGGCAGUUCAACCGAGAAAUGAAACGGAAACAGGCUGAAUCCGAGCGGCCCAUCCUGCCAGCCAAUCAGAAGCUCAUCACUCUAUCUGUGCAAGAUGCACCCACAAAGAAAGAGUUUGUCAUUAACCCCAAUGGGAAAUCUGAGGUCUGCAUCCUGCACGAGUACAUGCAGCGCGUCCUCAAGGUCCGCCCUGUUUAUAAUUUCUUUGAAUGUGAGAACCCAAGUGAGCCUUUUGGCGCCUCGGUGACCAUUGAUGGUGUGACCUAUGGAUCUGGAACUGCAAGCAGCAAAAAACUUGCGAAGAAUAAAGCUGCCCGAGCUACGCUGGAAAUCCUCAUCCCUGACUUUGUUAAACAGACCUCUGAGGAGAAACCCAAAGACAGUGAAGAGCUUGAGUAUUUUAACCACAUCAGUAUCGAGGACUCAAGGGUCUACGAGCUGACCAGCAAGGCCGGACUGUUGUCUCCCUAUCAGAUCCUCCACGAGUGCCUUAAAAGAAACCAUGGAAUGGGUGACACAUCCAUCAAGUUUGAAGUGGUUCCUGGUAAAAACCAGAAGAGUGAAUAUGUCAUGGCGUGCGGAAAGCACACAGUGCGCGGCUGGUGUAAGAAUAAGAGAGUUGGGAAGCAGUUAGCCUCUCAGAAAAUCCUGCAGCUGCUGCACCCACAUGUCAAGAACUGGGGGUCUUUACUGCGCAUGUAUGGCCGAGAAAGCAGCAAGAUGGUCAAACAGGAGACAUCAGACAAGAGCGUAAUUGAGCUGCAGCAGUACGCCAAGAAGAACAAGCCGAAUCUGCACAUUCUGAGCAAGCUGCAGGAGGAGAUGAAGAGGCUGGCGGAGGAGAGGGAGGAGACGCGGAAGAAGCCCAAGAUGUCUAUUGUGGCGUCUGCCCAGCCUGGCGGCGAGCCUCUGUGCACUGUGGAUGUGUGAGGGAGUGGCAGGCUGGGUGUGGGGACUGCCAGCUCCACUGCCAGGGAGACCACACACUUCUCUGCAGCCUUGCGCCUUCCAUCUAAAUUCUUCCCCUAUGGCCCCAUGUCUGAGGGCUGGGGCCAGAGGGGGGGAGCUCUCCGGUACAUGGGGACAGCCAGGGCCAUGUACUGUUUCCUUGGGGGCCACCCACGGGUCUGAGUAUACUUGUUCAAGCAUCAACUCAGCCUGCCUGCACAAGUGGAAGCCAAGCUUGGAGGUAGCUGUGGACUUCUGCUUGUGUGAACUUGUUGCAGAUUGGUUUUAUGAAGGUUUUAAUGAAUUUUAGUAUAUAACAUGCACUGACAAGAAAUGAUAGCUGGAUGACAGAUGAAAUGAGAAAAUGAUGGCCAAGUCCUAUGGUGCCCUGUACCCAGGGCUCCUGUGGGCCACUGCAGGGACCUAGUCAGAAGGCGCACGCUGGCACCCCAUUCCCUUUCCUGCUUCCUGUGUUUCCCCUUUUUCUCUGAAAAUGUUAAAACAGGAAGGAGUAUUUCAGACCUUUUUGGUUUAAGAUAAGUACAAUUUUAGCAUCAGAACUAUUUUUCAGAGAUUGCAGGCAAACCAUCAAGGUGAUUGCUCUUUAGCCAGUGUGAGUCUCCACCUGGCUUGUUGGCCUGGCCCUGGGCUGGGGUGUGGUCCAUUUUACUGAGUAAGUCUUAAUGCCCUAAAAAACACGCCUUCUUAGACCCUGAGGCCCCUCACCUUUGCUGGCCUCUAGCAGUUUUUUACUGAAGAUUUUUGCACAGUCAAUUUCCAUCAGUCCACCCUUCAAUUUUUAAAGCUUUUAAGAUAUUUUAGCAUUUGGGAAGAAACUUUUACAGUGAGUAGAAGAUAGAUUUGGAAUCAUGUAGCAGAUAUAAACAAUGCAUUUUAGCAUGUGGAUUUAUUUAAGAGGAAACAAGGACCUUCAGUGCAAUCCAUUCUUGAUCACAAACUGGCACUCCUCUCCAGACCUGGUGCAAGCACAUGGGAGGGUAGCUCUAACUGUUCUGUGACUUCACUGGAUUUCAAAGGCAGCCGCCUUGUGCAUCCAGGCCUGGUGACCAGCUUGCUCCUCUGACCAGUAGCCUAUGCUCUCCAGGUGGCCCCUGUGGACAGGUACAAGGAUAGAUGUGACCCUGCCUUGAGUCCCAGGGGAUUUGGGUGUGCUUGGGGUCCUGGGUUGUCUCCACAUGCAAGGUAGUAGUGGUCAACCAUUGGCUCCCUGUCCCUAGCACCUAUUCAGGGUACCACAUGCUCAUGGCAUACUGCCAGAUGCAGGAGCCCAGCACUGGUUUGCAUUGUCAUGUUCCUCGGGUGUGCCCAUCUUCUACUACAUCCCUUAUGGAUGGUGUUGAUGGCAUUUGUUUCCAGGAAGACAAUGUUGGCCUUGUGGGCCAUCCACAGUGUAUCCCUCCUUUACCACCUGUGUGACCAAGGUUGGCUUCUUUGUUGACCUUUAUAAAACAAACUC